AUGUGUUUCACAAUAGAUCAAUAUGAACAGGCGUGUGGAUUUUUGCUGCUAGAUGAGUUCAACACAUUUAUUUACUGCUGCAAAAGGUGUCACUGUGAAUUUGAUUCCGGUCCCAAUUUGGAGGUGCACAUUCUCUCGGAGCAUGGAAACGAUAAGGCACACAUUGGAAAUGGAUUUGUGGACGAUGGACGUUUUUCUAUGGAUGAUGUCAGCGAACAUGAAACGAAUAAACUUUUACCAACAGCGGAGGUUUUGAUUAAUGGUGAACCGGUCCAUAUUAAAACUGAAAAGGAAAUACCAGAAGAAACCUAUAGAAUAUCGGUUGCAGUUGAAAGUAAAGUAAAUGAUGAUGACUUUGGAAACGAUAGCAGCAGAAAUGAAUCUCUUGUUGCCAUUGACGUUCCAAUUGCUAAUCGGACCAAGAGAGCGAAAAAAGUGAAUGUUUUGGAUGAAAACGCGAAGAAACCAAACCCGAUGAAUUCAGGCCAAAAAUCGCAAAGUUCAACAUCGAAAAAAAAUUCCGAUCAAAUUUCGAACACUUCCAAAAAUAUUUCAACAACAAAAAUCCCAAUGAUAAGUCGAAUUGUAAAAGCGUUCCACGGUAGAGCAUCGACAAGAAAAAUGCCAUCACGUCGAAUCAAUGAAGCAAGCACUAGUAAAACACUAAUCAAAACACCAGAUUUCCCAUCACCGUUAGUCCAAAGUUCUGGCAUCGCAAAUAGAAAAGAAACCACUUCAGAAUCAGCACUCGACUUUCCGUUCGUAUUUGAGUGUGAACUGUGCCCAGAUCGGAUUUUUACUGUGAAAGCAAAAUUGAGACGGCACAUGGACAUUCACCUCACUGCAUUGCGGCGAAAAAAAUGUCCAAUAUGCAAGACUUAUCCCAAAAACUACGACAAACACAUGACAACAAACCACAUGGAGGUGGGCCCGCAUAAAUGCGAUUUUUGUCCAAAAUCAUUCAAAUACAAGUCUGGGCUAGAGAAUCAUACACCAACGCACACAAAAGAAAGGCAAUAUCUGUGCGGCACUUGUGGGAAAUCAUUUGGAACUAGUUCGCAAAUGCGAGCACACGAGUUGGUAGCACAUCUAAAGAAAAAGGAUCAUAAGUGUACCGAAUGUGGUGGAUUAUUCUAUGCUGCUUAUAGCCUCAGAGUACACUUCGAUGCAGUUCAUCGGAAUUUGCGACAGUUUAAGUGCGACAAAUGUGAUAAAAGUUUCAAGACCAUUAAGUAUUUAUGCACACACAAAAAGACACACGAAGAGAAGAAACUCCAAUGUAGAUAUUGCAUUAAAAUGUUUGCUCUGUGCGAAAAUCGGCUGAAACACGAAAGACGAGUUCAUGGUGCUCUGUGAACGGAUUUCAUUUGGGCGGAAUGAAAAGCAGCACACAGAAUCUCAACAGAAAAGAAAUUAAGAAAAUUUUCUACGUUUUUUUGUCAUUAUUAUUUUAUUAGAAAUGAAACGGAUUUUGC